AUGAACAGCCCCAACCAGAAAUGGCUGGACAUUGGCUACGACACGGCUUUAUGGAUAUUCAACAUUAUGUUGGAAGUCUUCUUUCGAGAGAUUCGACCGCGUGGUGCACACAAGAUUCCUAAAAGUGGACCGGUCAUUUUCGUUGCAGCUCCCCAUGCCAACCAGUUUGUCGACCCACUCAUUGUUAUGCGAGAAUGUCAUCGACGCGUAUCAUUUCUUAUUGCUGCCAAAUCCAUGAAACAAAAAGCCAUUGGUUUCCUAGCAAGGAUGAUCCAUGCAAUCCCUGUUGUACGGCCACAAGAUAUUGCCAGUAAAGGACAUGGUCGAGUCAUGCUACUGAAUCCGAAAUCUGAUCCGCUACGCAUCACCGGUGUCGAUUCAAAAUUCCUCAGCCAGCUACGACCUGAUGAUUCGAUCGUGCUUCCAAGGAAUGCAGGCAAACUGGUGGUGUCCAAAGUCAUCUCGGAUACUGAAUUGGAGCUCAAGGAAGGGGUGAAGAAUAACGACAAGGCACUUCAAGUAUUGACGACGGCUGAGGGAUCAGCGUAUAAAUGCUUACCCCAUGUGGAUCAAGAUGCUGUGUACGAGAAGGUGUAUGACGAGCUCAAUAACGGGGAAUGCAUCACUAUAUUUCCAGAAGGCGGCAGCCAUGACCGUGCAGAAAUGUUACCCCUCAAAGCUGGUGUUACAAUUAUGGCUCUUGGUGCAAUGGCAAAGUAUCCUGGUUUGGAAGUCAAGAUUGUUCCAUGUGGUUUGAAUUACUUUCAUGCACAUCGAUUCCGCUCACGAGCAGUCAUUGAAUUCGGCAAUCCUAUCACUAUUUCUCCCGAACUCGUCGACAAGUUCAAAAAAGGUGGUGCAGAGAAGCGUGAAGCCUGUGGAAAUCUCUUGGAUACCAUUUAUUACAGCUUGAAGAGUGUCACUGUGAAUGUACCUAACGACCAAACCUUGAUGGUUAUCCAAGCUGCUCGUCGAUUAUACAAACCCGCCAAUCGUCGAUUGCAUAUUGCACAAAUUGUGGACCUGAAUCGACGCUUUGUCAUUGGAUACAACUUAUACAAGGAUGAUCCCAAGAUCAUAGAGCUUCAGCGAAAUGUGCUUGCAUACAAUCAACUUCUCAAAUACCAUGGAUUGCAAGAUCAUCAAGUGCCUGAUAUCAAUUUGCGAGGAUGGCGCACAUUCUUUUUGCUACUUUAUCGAGUAUUGAUCCUCUUUGUUUGGGGUCUAUUGGCCUUCCCAGGUGGAAUCCUCAAUAUCCCCAUUCUUGUGGUUGCAAAGGUCAUCAGCAUGAAGAAGGCAAAGGAGGCACUGGCAGCUUCAACAGUCAAGGUCAAGGGCCGGGAUGUGUUGGCUACAUGGAAGUUUUUGGUGGGUCUUGUCUUGAUCCCAACGCUUUAUGGUCUCUAUACGCUUGUUAUGUUUGCAUACACGAUGAAACAAGAUUGGACAUGGACAUGGAGGAUAUUGGUAUCACUUGCCACGUGGAAUUUGCUUCCUUUUGUGAGUUACGCAAGUAUGCGGUUUGGUGAAAAUGGCAUGGAUGUCUACAAAUCUUUACGACCCCUCUAUAUGGCGUUGAUCGAUCCAGACAGUACUCAAAACCUACGAGAGAAUCGGGAGCGACUUUCUCAAGAGAUUACCCAAGUCAUCAACGAUUAUGGUCCCAAAGUGUUCAGCGAUUUUGACGAGAACAAUGUAUUCCGAGCCGAUCCAUCCGGUAACAGGGAAUCAGUAUCUGAGCUUGGUGAAGGUGGCAAAACCUUUUCUCAAAUCGCAAGUCAAUUCUUCAACAACAAAGCGCUGGAUUGGUUGGAUGAUCGCAACAUCUUUAAUUUGACACGACAAGAAGAGGAAAUGGAGCAAGAAGAUGUGCUUCACUUUUUGGACAAGAACAGUGGCCUUAUUAGUGGUGGUUCCGCUAGUGAAGCAGAAUCCAGUGGUACAGUACGACGUCGUCGUCGUGUCCCAGGCAGCAACCUUUCCAAGUUGACGAGCACGAGCACAAGCAGUGAAAGUAUAAAGAAGGAAGAGUAG